CGAAUAUAAAAAUAGUAUUUGCCAGGCCAUAGAUCCAAAGAUUGCACAACACUCAUUGUUUUCUUACCGUGUUGUGUAGAAACCAUUAUCAUGUGGUCGGUAGUACUGAUUUUUAUGGCCAAAAUUCUUUUUAUAGUGGCCCUUCCAACGAUCCAUGUGGUACCAAAUGCCAUCACAAUCGGUAUAACCGAAGCUUUGCAUUUAGAAUGUUUUAUCAAGAGCGAAGACUUAUCCCCCACUGACAGUGUCAUAUCUAUUGGGGUUUUACACUCUGACAAUAUGAACGCUCAUGUGUUUACGACCAUUGCAUCAGUGAGCAGCUUUAAUGGUGUGCGUAUAAUUACCAACAGUACUAAUGUUCAUGUGGUAGGUAGCAUCGUACGGAAUGGACUUUCCUCUCUGAACAUCACCUGGACCUCUCCUUUACGUGAAAACGCCGGCCUUUACAAAUGCGAAGUGAAUGAGAUUAAUGAAUUGGGUAAACCAAUCACCUACGACGACACCGGUAGCGUUGCUGUUAAUGAGCUAACUAUCGACGCCGUCUUCAGUGAGAUUAUAAAACUUAAAAAUAGAUUGGAGCAAAUCAAUCUUAACUGCGUAACGUCACACGAAAUUGAGAUCACAGAAAUCAACCGUCUCAAGCAAAAUAUAAGCGUAUUAGUGAAUCAAACAUCGUUGCUAAAAGAUAUCUGUGAAACUGAACUGGUACAUGUACAAGACUUAGAAAGUCAAAAUAAAUUACAGUUAACUAGCGUUGAGAACAGUGUACAGUCUCUAACGCUGAAGCAGGAUGAGAUGCACGGGAAAUGGAACGCUUCGAAAAAUGAGUAUUUCAUAUCUUCAGAAAGGUUUAGUGAUAAAGUCUAUCUCUUGUCUCGAGAAUCUGUGUUUUUUUACCCAACUUUUGCUCAAUCUUUGUGUGCACUUCACGGAGGUUAUCUGGUAGAGGUCAACACACAGGCAGAAUUUGAUUUCUUGAAGCAGUUCAUUAGGACCUAUGGAUCCCACUUUGAACAUGUAUACACUGGCGGUACAGACGAGAAUCAUGAAGGGGUCUGGCUCUACAGACACAGCCAGACGCCCGUGGUGCCAUUCUGGGCGCCAGGAGAGCCGAAUAACGAUAACAAAAAUUUUGACGAGAAUUGCGAAGAAUUCCACAAAGAUUUGCAAUGGAGUAUGAAUGACUUGCAGUGUUCUUUUCCAAACAGUACAGUCUCUGGCUUUAUCUGCGAGGUGCCUGUUUAACUCUUUACGUUUUAAACAUAUUUAACAUUUUCUAAUAGAAAACACAGACUUUAAUGUCCGAACAUUAACAAUAGUGCAUGUGGCUUUAAGAACAGAGUUUAACCUACAUAUUUUACCACAUCAAACGCAGAAAAAGCUUUUAUUUUAGGUUUAAAAACAUAAUACAGAUUUGUGGACGACUGCGGAAAAGGUAGCUACGUAAAACUAAGCAAUAUAUAUUUUAAUUUUUAGUAAGUGUCACGAACGGAAGUAUAGAUGGUUUUAUGGGAAAAACAAGUAAUUUAUUAUUUCAUUGUUGUUAUUUGUUUUUUAUUGCAUGUCAAGGACACAGAUGUACGUAGUUUACUUGUUACUUUAAACUUAAUGCGGUGUUGGGAAAUUUUUACGCGUGUGAGAAUAGCAUAGAUCUUUCCAGAAGAAAGGACAAGACGGAGAUUGUAGACGAUAUAGAAAGACAUGAAUUAUCAUUUUCGGCGGACCUCAGCGACUGUAAUAAAUGUAUUAUUAUUGUAUUGUACAUUUAUAAAGUGUGUAUAUCCAUCUUGGUGAUUCUAAGUUUUAUAAUAAAUGUUUUGUAUUUAUUUGAAAA